GGAAACAAAAGCCCAGCCCAAAGCCAACGCCCCACGCGCCGCGCCGCGCCGCACCGCAACGCAACGCCACCGCGACGCAGCCAUCGCCACCACCUCCACCUCCACAAAAAGCUUGCGACCUCACGCGACCAACCGCCGCCGCCUCCUCCUCCUCCUCCUCCUCCUCUCGUCCCCGCGGCCGCCGCCGUCCCCGAUCUCCAAGCAGGCGGCGACCUCACCUCGCCUCACCUCACGCGGGAGGGGAAGGAGGGGGGGAGGGGGGGGAUGGGGACGUGCGUGUCGCGGCCGAGCGCGUGCGUGGGGGGGAAGCCCCACACGCCGCGGUCGGGGGAGGCGGCGCGGGCGGGCGGGGGAGCGAGGCGGCGGAGGCGGAGGGGGAAGUCCGGCCGGAGGAAGGCCCCGUCGCGGGCCGCGUCGAUGGAGACCAUCCAGGAGGGUGACGUCGUGCCUGGCUCCCCGCCUCCGCCGGUCGCCUCCGCCGCCGCCUCCUCCGGUGCCGCCGGGGAUCACCGGACCUACAGCAACCCCGCGUUCCAAGUUUCCGGGAGCAUCGAGGAGGCAUGGUACGACUCGUUUGCCAUGAGCGAGUCGGACGGGGAGGACGAUUUCCACAGCGUGCAAGAUGAUGCUUUUUCGUUGAAUGGGUUCGAGAACGAUGCGGCAUUGAGCACGAGAGAUGCCAAUGGGGGGAGCUUCAACGGAAGCUCACAUUCAUCGGAGCAGCACUACAGAAAGCCGAGGUCCAGCGAGCUGUCAAGGGGGAAUUUGGAGAAUGGUGUGCGGUCCUCUGUGAGCCAUGAGGAUGUGGCAAGUGUUUCAGCUGAGGAUAGUGCACACGGCGGUGGAGGAAGGAUACUGGACGACUGUGGCCUCCUGCCAAACAAUUGUUUGCCUUGUAUUGCCUCCGCUGUUGGUGUAAAUGAGAAGAAGAGACCACUUUCCACAAGCCCAACUCAUUCCAUGAAGAUGCCCUCCUUAAAGCUCUCAUUCAAGAAGAAGUCUGGAGAAGCUCAUCCUUCUUCCACACUAUUGUCUACAAAGGAUUUCCUUGAAAGGCCUCUAGCAGGUUCUCAAGUUCAGUUAUGCUUACUGGAAAAGAAAAUACUGAACAGCUGGUCUCAUAUUGAUCCUGGCACUUUCCGAGUCCGUGGGUCAAACUAUUUUAGGGAUAAAAAGAAAGAGCUUGCUCCAAAUUAUGCAGCGUACUACCCAUUUGGAGUUGAUGUAUACUUGUCACCGCAAAAACUCAACCAUAUAUCCCGAUAUGUUCAACUUCCCGAUGUUCAAAUCUCCAGUAAACUCCCACCACUUUUGGUGGUCAAUGUACAGGUUCCACUAUAUCCUGCCUCAUUAUUUCAAAAUGAAAUCGAUGGAGAAGGGAUGAGCUUUGUUUUGUAUUUUAGGCUCUCCGAUGCUUACUCAAAAGAACUACCCCCAUCAUUUAUAGAGAAUAUCAGAAAAUUAGUUGAUGAUCAUGUAGAAAAGGUGAAAGCGUUUCCGAUGGAAACAACCAUACCAUUUCGAGAACGGCUAAAGAUACUUGGCCGGGUGGCAAAUCUGGAGGACCUUCCUUUAAGUGCGGCAGAAAGGAAGCUAAUGCAUGCAUACAAUGAGAAGCCUGUGCUUUCUAGACCUCAACACGAGUUUUACCUGGGUGACAACUACUUUGAGGUUGACAUUGACAUGCAUAGGUUUAGCUACAUCUCAAGGAAAGGUUUCGAAACAUUUUUGGACAGGCUAAAAAUAUGCAUGCUAGAUGUUGGUCUAACCAUUCAGGGAAAUAAAGCUGAAGAAUUGCCUGAGCAGAUUUUAUGCUGUGUUAGGUUGAAUGGGAUAGAUUACACACAAUAUAAGCCACUGAUGACACAUGGGGCCUGAACAUGAAGCUUACUAGAACAUGCUAACCAAAAUUUGGUUAUUGAGAGGUAGCCAAAUUAGCCCCUGUGUAGAAGCACCAUCAUCUGAGCACGUGGAAUUGCACACAAGUAACAUGGACAGAGGCAAUGGCACAUGUAGAUCUGUAUAUCAUUGCAUGAGUUCCAGUGGCCUCUGCUGUUGCUAAUCAUGAUUCUAGAUUUUAGUAAAUAUCACUAAUUUUCCUGUGAAAGAGUAGGUUUAGGUGUACUUCGAACUUGUGCAGGAUUUAUGGUGAAUAUCCGCUGCUUCAUUUAUACAUCAGUAGGGUAGAAUAUGAACCUGGAAGCACUGUACCACCUCACAUGAAAAGGUAGUGGUUCCAACAUCAGAAAGGGAAAAGAAAUAUGGUCACACAUUAUCAUAUGCA